AUGCAGGUCCGUUUGCAGACACGUGCGGUAAAUGUGGCCCCGUCAUUUGCUUCGGCCAUCAAGAUCAUCAUCAGUGAGGAAGGUGUAUCGGGCUUAUACAGUGGUCUGACAGCAUCUGUGGUGCGCCAACUCACCUAUUCGGGCAUUCGCUUUGGCAUCUACGAGGAACUAAAGUCGAAAGCGGUUCGUUCUCCCAGUAACCAAUUUCUCCUUGUCACCGCGUGGUGUUCCGGAUUUGCAGGUGGAAUUGCCGGCAACUUUGCCGACGUUCUGAAUGUGAGGAUGCAGCAUGACGGCUCACUCCCGUCCCACCAGCGGCACAAUUAUCGUCAUGUUGGCGACGGGAUCCUGCGAAUUGCGCGGGAAGAAGGUAUUGGCGCUUACAUGCGAGGAUGGCUGCCCAACUGCACACGUGCUGCAGCACAAACAGCAGGGCAGCUUGCAAGUUAUGAUAUUAUAAAAAAGCGCAUCCUCGACUAUCGAAAGGCAGAAGAAACGCCGGCUGUACAAGCUACUUCUGCGUUUCUAGCAGCUGUGAUCGCGGUAACAUUGACCAAUCCUCUCGAUGUUUUAAAAACAAGAGCCAUGUCUUCCACGUCUACAAUAGGAGCAGGCAUGGUAGCUACUGCAAGGGAGGCAUUCCGGAUUGAAGGACCUGCUUGGAUCUUCCGAGGAUGGGUACCGAGUUUUCUACGGGUUGGACCGUAA